CGCGUAUUCUCCUCAUCCAUCCAUCAUCCAUCUCAUCAUCAGCAACCAAUUCGCACCGAUCGAUCGAUCGAUCCAGCAACUAGAUCAACAGUACUAGCUAGGAAGCAUGGCCCGUGCACAGUUGGUGUUGGUCGCCCUGGUGGCAGCUCUGCUCCUCGCCGCCCCGCACGCCGCCGUGGCCAUCACCUGCGGCCAGGUCAACUCCGCCGUCGGGCCCUGCCUGACCUACGCCCGCGGCGGCGCCGGGCCGUCGGCGGCCUGCUGCAGCGGCGUGAGGAGCCUCAAGGCGGCAGCAAGCACGACCGCAGACCGGCGCACCGCCUGCAACUGCCUCAAGAACGCGGCCCGCGGCAUCAAGGGGCUCAACGCCGGCAACGCCGCCAGCAUCCCCUCCAAGUGCGGCGUCAGCGUCCCCUACACCAUCAGCGCUUCCAUCGACUGCUCCAGGGUGAGCUGAGCCAUCGAUCAGAGACGGAUCAUAUAUAUACAGCAGCGCGCCGGUUGCCACCUAGUAGAUUCUGCCUGGGUCGAUGUGUGGAGCCGAAUUCUGUAUCCAGUACUAGUAGUAUCAUAUCUGUAUUCUGGAAUAAAAGAUGAGCUAGCUAAGGUCUCGAUCAAUCACCAUGCAUCCAUGGUUGAUCGGCCCGGUCACGCUAGCUAGCUUUCUUCUUCUUGUGUGUUCGUCUCGUACGUUUUGCUCCUUUUCGAGGGGUACGUGUACCAGAGAGAGCUAGAGAUUCUACAUGCAUGUACUGCAACUCCUUGUACUACGUGCUUGUUUUGGAUUAUUACACAUACAUAUAGCUCUUUUUCGUACA